AUGCCUGCUGUUACCUCAAUAACAGUUGAAGAACAAAAUGACGAUGAUCAGAAAAUGUGGAAUGCCCUUAAAAGAUACAUUAUACGAGAGAGACAACGAAAAAAAGAAGAAUAUGAAGCGGAAGUUGAAGAAGAAAGAUUAAGAAAGGAACGAGAAGCAAGAGAAAGGCAAGAUGUGAUGACACUUGAACAAACAAAAGAGCAAAUAGAUCAAUUGGAACAAAAAUUAAAAGAAUUGGAGAAAGAAAAGCAACAGUUAUUCAUGCAACUCAAAAGAGUGCUUAAUGAAGAUGAAACCAGAAAAAGACAGCAACAAAAGGAAACUAAUGAAAUGCAACCUAUGAAGAUGCCAAUGGGUAAUUUACAAAUACCAAUGUUUCCGAUGCAAUCGUCAACCGGCCAGGACCCUCAGCAGUCUCAAGGAAGAGCUCCGCUGUCUUCACAUAUAUUGAAUAAGAACAAACAUUCAAACUACAUGCUGUUUCCGCAACAGCCGAAUAUAGUGAGAGGUCCUAUGCAAUCUUCUGUUAAGAGACCAAGGAGUCCGUCACCAACAUAUGCUUUGUACACACACAGACUGCAUCAGCCACCGAUGAAACAACAUGCUGUCUACUCUGAUCAUAAAGUAGAGGACAAUCGAAUGGGCCGCCAAAUGGCGCGCGCUGUGCUUUGGAACAAAUCAAAUCAGUAUUCAAAUGUUGGUUCUACUGUGUCAUCAUACUACGCGAUGCCCACGUCCGGCGUAGUGGGCGUCGUGGCCGAGCGCCCACCGCCAUUGCUGUACGCCCACCACGCCCACACACCACAUACUCCUCACGCUCACACACCGCAUACGCCACACCAACAUCAUACAAAUCUUAUGUAUGCGCCCGCGCAACCACUUUACUUGGAUAUGCUGAAGAAUAGGGAUGGACAUCAGGAGAAUAAGAAGGAUACGCAACCCCAAGUAUUAAUCGGCCUCAGCGAGUCCCACCCAUCAGUUAGCAGUGGAGUAGUGUACGCGACCCCACCACCCUCAAGCAGACACCUCUCGAUACACCCGGCGCCACAGCACUCCAACAUGCAAAACACGAAACCAGGCAGUAUAACCCAAGGGUAUCCCGUACAGCAGUCAUCUUCCACCCAGAGCGCUAUGUAUCAAAACAGACAUCGUUAUUAG